AUGGUUCGGAUCUCGGAAGCUGUGAAGGAAGACCACCAGUUGCUGCGGGAAUACCAUGACAAAAUCCUACAGGCUGAAGAUGAAGACACGGGGACACGCUGGGGGAAUAAGUUCACGUGGGAGCUUGCUCGUUAUGCUGUAGCUGAAGAACUUGUCGUCUAUCCGGCUCUGGAGACGUAUAUUGAUCACGGGAAGGUCAUGGCCGACAAAGAUCGGCGAGAGCAGCAGGAGAUAAAGGAGCAGCUCUACAAGUUCCAGAGUAUGUCCGCCCAGGAUGAAGAGUUCCGACCCAUGUUGGAAAAUAUCAUGACCCGGUUGAACACACAUAUCAAAGAGGAAGAGGAAGAGGAUUUGGCAUCUUUGGAAUCCGUUAUUAAGCCUGAGGAAUCUGAAUCUCUGGCGAAGAAAUUUGAACGCACGAAGAUGUUCGUGCCAACUCGCAUACACUUGCAUGCUCCCAAAGAGCCAGUUUUUGAGUCUGUUGUGAGCUUCUUGGAGGCGCCCAUCGACCGUCUUGAGGAUUUGAUGAGGCGUUUCCCCGAGUAA